GGAAUGUGCUUGAUUAAUUCCCAGUCUGUUAGCUCAGUCCAUCCAGAGCAGAUCUUUGCUGGAUGUCUAGGAGACAGCAGCGUCCCCCUGCGCUCUGCUAUUUCACCAAACCCUGUGAAUUCUGCUGGGCUAAGUAAACAUUACAGUGCUGCUAAUCACAUCCAGGGAAGGAGAGCAGCACUUCAGUCCUGGAUCUGCUGGAGACCACAGCCCUGACUCCUUCUUAUUCCCACUUGCAGCUCCCUCUCUUAUCCUCGCAGAUAUUUUAUCUCUUUUUUUUUUAUUUUGGGGAGGGGGGGGGUUCCUGAAAUGGGACUGUUUAUGCAAUCUUUGCAUUAUGUGGCGGUGACUUGUUUGGUGGUGGUCUAUGGAUUUAUGGAUGACACUGUAGAGAAAGCAACCAAAUCAGAAGGAUAUUGUAGCAGGAUUUUAAGAGCACAAGGAAGCACCAGAAAAGAAGGAUACAAUGAAUUUUCCCUGAGAGGAGGAGACCCGGACUACUACAAGCCAGGGAUUACUUACAGGGUAACGCUCUCCGCUGCUAGUCCUGCAUACUUUAGAGGAUUUACUCUCAUUGCACUGAAGGAAGGUAAAGAUGGGGAAAAAGAAGAGGAUCACGCCGGGUCUUUUCAGAUAAUAGAUGAUGAAGAAACUCAGUUCAUGAGUAACUGCCAUGUAGCGGUCACGGAAAGCACUCCAAGGCGAAGGACACGGAUACAAGUUUUCUGGACAGCGCCCUCUAUUGGUACUGGCUGCAUAAUACUCAAAGCAAGCAUUGUACAGAAGAAAAUAAUUUACUUCCAGGAUGAAGGCUCCCUUACAAAAAGAAUGUGCGAGCAAGAUGCAACCUACGAUAGUGGAAAUGAAAAGGCAAUCCCAGACUGUUGUGCAUGUGGGACAGCUAAAUAUAGGUUGACUUUUUAUGGAAACUGGUCGGAGAAGUUGCAUCCUAAAGACUAUCCAAGAAGGGCCAACCACUGGUCUGCAAUUAUUGGUGGGUCACACUCUAAGGAAUAUGUUGUCUGGGAAUAUGGAGGAUACGCUAGUGAUGGGGUGAAACAAGUAGCAGAAUUGGGUUCCCCGGUCAAAAUGGAAGAAGAGAUACGUCAAAAGGGCGAUGAAGUGUUAACAGUCAUCAAAGCCAAAGCGCAGUGGCCGGCCUGGCAACCCUUAAAUGUGAGAGCAGCUCCAUCUGCUGAGUUCUCGGUGGACAGAACGCGACAUCUGAUGUCUUUCUUGGCUAUGUUGGGUCCAAGCCCAGACUGGAAUGUUGGACUCUCUGCUGAGGAUCUUUGUACCAAAGAAUGCGGCUGGGUCCAAAGAGUCAUCCAGGAUCUAAUCCCAUGGGAUGCUGGCACUGACAGUGGUGUCACUUAUGAGUCACCUAACAAACCUACGUUACCACAAGAUAAAAUCCGUCCGCUGACCAGUUUGGAGCACCCACAGAGCCCAUUUUAUGACCCGGAAGGAGGUCCCAUCAUUCCAGUGGCUAGAGUUGCUAUUGAGCGAAUUGCCAGAAAAGGAGAGCAAUGCAACAUAGUCCCUGACAACGUAGAUGACAUUGUGGCCGAUCUUGUCGCGGAAGACAAAGAAGAAGAUGACACCCCAGAGACUUGCAUCUAUUCCAACUGGUCUCCUUGGUCCGCUUGUAGUUCUGCUACCUGUGAGAAAGGCAAAAGAAUGAGACAACGUAUGCUGAAAGCGCAGCUGGAUCUCAGCGUACCAUGUCCAGACACACAGGACUUUGAACCUUGUAUGGGACCAGGAUGCAGCGAUGAUGAUGCGUCCACAUGUAUGAUGUCAGAGUGGAUCAUGUGGUCCCCUUGUAGUGCCAGCUGCGGAAUGGGAAUGAGGUCCAGGGAACGAUAUGUAAAGCAGUUUCCAGAGGACGGAUCGAUAUGUAAAGUCCCCACAGAAGAAACAGAGAAGUGUAUAGUCAAUGAGGAGUGCGAGCCAAGUAGCUGUAUCGUAACAGAAUGGGGUGAGUGGGAAGAAUGCAGCGCCACCUGUGGUAUGGGGAUGAAGAAGCGCCACAGGAUGAUUAAGAUGACGCCAGCAGAUGGGUCCAUGUGCAAGGCUGAGACCUCUGAAGUAGAAAAGUGUAUGAUGCCUGAGUGCCAUACUAUCCCAUGCAUGUUGUCACCAUGGUCCGAGUGGAGUGACUGCAGUGUGACCUGCGGCAAGGGAGCCAGAACACGACAGAGGAUGUUAAAGUCACCGGCUGAACUUGGUGACUGCAACGAAGAGCUGAAACAAGUGGAGAAAUGCAUGCUACCAGAAUGCCCCAUCAACUGUGAACUGACAGAGUGGUCUCACUGGACAGAUUGCAACAAGUCAUGCGGAAAGGGACAUGUAAUUCGAACAAGAAUGAUCACGUUGGAGCCACAGUUUGGAGGUAGUCUCUGUCCGGAAACUGUACAACGUAAGAAAUGCAGAGUUCAAAAGUGUAAAAAAAAUAACGGGGCUGAAAAGAGACGCCUUAAAGAUGCCCGAGAGAAGAGGAGAAGUGAGAGGACGAAUGAGGACACAGAUGGUGAACAGUUUCCAGUUUGUAAAAUGAAGCCAUGGACAGCAUGGACAGAGUGCACCAAAUAUUGUGGCGGAGGCAUCCAGGAGAGGUUCAUGACAGUGAAGAAAAGGUUCAAAAGUUCUCAGUUCACAAGCUGUAAAGACAAGAAGGAGAUCCGAGCUUGUAACGUCCAUCCAUGUUAGCAGACACCUCACAUGGGAUGCUCCUCAAGUUACAUGGAAAGUCAAUCUUUAUUAGAUUUUUUUUAUCAUAGAAUAUAUACAGUGCUUUUCAUUUUGCAAUGUACUUUGCUUACUAUUCUUGCAGGUGCAAGAAUUAUAUUUUUUAAGUAUUCACAUAUAAUAACUGAAUCAUCUGGUUAGAUCAAUAAAUAAUGUCUUACAUCUUGGUCAUUUAGCGAGAGAAUGUGACUCCGGACAAUAUAUCUUCCAAGUUGCAUCACGAACUUUAAUCUUAACAAUAUGACAUGCAUGCAAGAGAAAACAUGGCCAAAUAGGACAACCCGUUACAACCUUGUGUUUUUUCCCCCACAUUGCUAGAACAAACAGAAGGAUAACAAAGACGGUUGAUAGAGACCCAGCUGUACAUCUGCCGUGUUUCACCAGGUUCACUUCAUUUCUACUUUAUUUGCCCUAUAUUAUGAUAUGUUAAAUCUACUGAUGAAUUAAAAUUUUCAUGAAGGCCUAUUUUGAAGAGAUGAAUACAAAAAAGUUGUUUGUUGAAAUGUAGUAUGAUAAAAAAAAAAGGUGCUGUAGUAUUUUUGGAUCUGUCCUAAAAUGUUUUUUGUCCUAAAAUAAAAUAAAAAAUAUAUAUAUUAAUUAUAUUUGAAGUUAAAAAAUAUUUAACAUUUGAUUGGUUAUGAUUUCCCCCCAACUUAUUUUCGAUCUUGCCCCCUUGUUAUUGUGUUGAGUUUUUUCUUAUUAGAAACACUUCUCCCAUCCUGAAUCUUCUUUACAUCUUUAAGAUAACAUCUCCCCUCUUAAUAAAGGGUUCCCGCCCUAUACAGGACCUCAUCCAUUAGCCAACCGCAAAGGAGAGUUACAAAGAGUGUCCCAUGCUGUGGAGGAUCUAGGCACCCUAUAUUCUAGGGUAUGCUGCAUCUACAGUAAUUGGUUUGAAUCUACACCAUGUAAUACUUCAUUUAUCCUGCAGAGGUGCUGCAGGGAAAUUGAACACUUGCCUCUGGAAAACCUUUUAUAUUCUUGAUGGAGGUUACAGCAGUAGGACACUUUUUGUGACCAGCUCUUCUGCACCCUUCCAACAAAGAUGGAAUUGUCCAAAGCAGACAACCGCUUUAAUAGAGAAGUUUGGCCAAUACGUGAAAAUCAUGUUCUUGUUUCGGUUUUCUAGAUAAUACAAUCACUCAAGAUAUUAGUCUGCCAAUUUCAAUCAUGAAAUGGCCUUAAGCGAAUCGAGCUUCGGAUCACAGAACCGAAGUCUAUUCGUUGAAAAACUUCGAUGUUAAUGCUAUUUCUGUAUAGCAUUAAAAUGUAUUGGCUCUGGCACCAAAGCCCACUUCAGAUUCCUAUUUUAAAAAGUUUUUAAAAACGCAGAUAGGAAUACCGUAGUAAUUCACUGAAGUCUCGUGCAACUUCGGGCGAGAUGAAGUUUGGCUCCACCAAAGUUUUUGAACAAAUCAACUUCGGAUCUAUGAUCUGAAGCUUGAUUCGCUCAAGCCUAAUGAAAACGUUUACUUUUGUUGAUCCAGAAGAAGUAAAAAUUACAAAAUUGUACUCUAGUUCUUAGGUUCCCACUAGAGAUGAGCUAAUCGAAUCCUACGAAGUGGAAUUCGAUCCGAAUUCCAGGAUAAAUUCGAUUCCCCUCGAAGCCGAAUUUCCUCGUGCUUCAUGUAAAAACAGUGUGAAAUUAACAAAAAAA